AUGUCCCGGCGAGGCGGCGGGGCCCGGCAGAGCGGCCCGGGGGCGCGGCGCUCGGAGCGGUGCGGGGCCCGGAGCGGCGCUCGGAGCGGUGCGGGGCCCGGAGCGGUGCGGGACCCGGAGCGGUGCGGGGCCGGGAGCGGUGCGGGGCCCGGAGCGGUGCGGGGCCCGGAGCGGUGCGGGGCCCGGAGCGGUGCGGAGCGAGAAGCGGUGCGGGGCUCGGAGCGGUGCGGGGCCCGGAGCGGUGCGGGGCUCGGAGCGGUGCGGGGCUGGGAGCGGUGCGGGCCGGGAGCGGUGCGGGGCCGGGAGCGGUGCGGGGCUCGGAGCGGUGCGGGGCCGGGAGCGGUGCGGGGCCCGGAGCGGUGCGGGACCCGGAGCGGUGCGGGGCCGGGAGCGGUGCGGGGCCCGGAGCGGUGCGGGGCCGGGAGCGGUGCGGGGCCGGGAGCGGUGCGGGGCCCGGAGCGGUGCGGGGCCGGGAGCGGUGCGGGGCUCGGAGCGGUGCGGGGCCGGGAGCGGUGGGAGCGGUGCGGGGCCCGGAGCGGUGGGAGCGGUGCGGGGCUCGGAGCAGUGCAGGGCGAGGAGUGGUGCGAGGCUGGGAGCCUCAGGAUUGCAUUGGUUGCUCUUUCUUAUCAAAAGUAA